AUGGAACCUUUGGACGCGCAAAGAUUGCGCAUAUUAAUUCUUACCGCGGUCGGGCUGUGCAUUGUCAGCCCACUGGUCGACUCGAUAUUCACUCCCAUGGCGAUUUUGGUCAUUGUCGUCGGUUUUUUCGAUAGCCGCCAUUUGAACCAGAAUCGAAGUGGCCCUCGGCCUCGAAUUGUCCCCCGCCAGAAUGCUCAAAAGACAGUCAAGUACAAACAGACAACGCGGCACCAGCAUCAUCAUCCCGAAUCGCUCAAGCGUCCUGAUCAGCUUGUUAUACAUGACCAGUCGAGCCACGAUACAGAUUCUGUGAACAGUUUCGACCCUGCAGAUGAAUUGCUGAGUCUCUGUCGAUUAGAUAGAAGAACUGUUCACCAAGAUGAUCUUUGCGACGAUGUCUUCCUGGCAACUCCCAGCAACUGGAAAAGUCUGCCCUCCUUCUCCGACGCCUCUUGCCCAAACUCCCAACUCCAGCACUCUUCUAGCGCGCGCAGCCGAUCCUCCUCCUCUUCUUCAACAAAACGAUCGAGCAAAAUGCAGCGCCACGAAAUUUCGCCGCCUCAUGAAAACAACAAGGAAAACACUCACACACUGCUGCUUACUACUGACGACUCCCUGAAGCGACUCCUGUCUACCUGGGCCGAUGAGCAUAUUCGACAAUUUCAGGAUGAAAUUGACGAUACAACGAUUUGCGAUAAUGACUUAUUUCUUUCAGACGAGGAAAUCCAGCUGUACAGAAAAACGCACUGCGGACGCUUGGCAGGAUCCAACGCACCGCUCAGCUCAAGCUCAGCUCCCAACUACAUCGUGUCCUGA